GGGCUCGCGGAGGGGGAACAGCUGGUGCCCCUGCAUGUGUCUCCGUCUGUCUAUUUCGGCGUGCACAUGGACGACCACCUCAGUCUCCUUCAAUCCCCACCGUCUUCCAUCACCAAAACCCACCAGGACCACGCCGACCGCCGAGACCGCGACACCCUCGUAAACCACGGCUACACGGAGACAGACGUCGAUGUGAUGACGGUGGUGGCGUGCGGCGGAGACAACAUGUUGGAGGAGUUGGUGACUCUACCAGGUCACCACUCUCUGGACCGGUAUGAACGGAAUCAACCGGACCACGAGUGCUGUGAGCGCGUGGUCGUCAACAUCUCUGGGCUGCGCUUCGAGACUCAACUGAAGACCCUCUCCCAGUUCCCUGAGACCCUGCUGGGGGACCCCAAGAAGAGAAUGAGGUACUUUGACCCUCUGAGGAACGAGUAUUUCUUCGACAGGAACCGGCCCAGCUUCGACGCCAUCCUCUACUACUACCAGUCAGGCGGGCGUAUCAGGAGACCUGUCAACGUGCCCAUAGACAUCUUCUCUGAGGAGAUCCGCUUCUACGAGCUGGGAGAAGAGGCCAUGGAGAAGUUCAGAGAGGAUGAGGGUUUUAUUAAAGAAGAGGAGAGACCACUGCCUGACAAUGAGCUGCAGAGGCAGGUGUGGUUGCUGUUUGAGUACCCUGAGAGCAGUGGUCCGGCUCGGGGGAUAGCCAUCGUAUCCGUGCUCGUCAUCCUCAUCUCCAUCGUCAUCUUCUGCCUGGAGACGUUACCGGAGUUCAGGGAGGACCACAAGGAGCCCGUCCCUCUGGCUCCCAUUAUUAACGGCACCGAGCCGUACUUCUCCUCUCCGUUCUCCGACCCGUUCUUCGUGGUGGAGACGCUGUGCAUCAUCUGGUUCUCCUUCGAGCUGCUGGUCCGGUUCUUCGCCUGUCCCUCCAAGGCCACCUUCUCUAGGAACAUCAUGAACAUUAUAGAUAUCGUUGCUAUCAUACCCUACUUCAUUACGCUGGGCACGGAACUGGCAGAGCAGCAGGGGAACGGACAGCAGGCCAUGUCCCUGGCCAUCCUCAGGGUCAUCAGGCUGGUCAGGGUGUUUAGGAUCUUCAAGCUGUCCAGACACUCCAAGGGGCUCCAGAUCCUGGGCCAGACCCUGAAGGCCAGCAUGCGGGAGCUGGGUCUGCUCAUCUUCUUCCUCUUCAUCGGAGUCAUCCUCUUCUCCAGUGCCGUCUACUUCGCCGAAGCCGACGACCCAGAUUCCAGCUUUAGCUCCAUCCCUGAUGCCUUCUGGUGGGCCGUGGUCACCAUGACUACUGUCGGCUAUGGAGACAUGCACCCGAUAACCAUUGGCGGGAAGAUCGUGGGCUCUCUCUGCGCCAUCGCCGGCGUGCUGACCAUCGCCCUGCCCGUCCCCGUCAUCGUGUCCAACUUCAACUACUUCUACCACCGGGAGACGGAGGGCGAGGAGCAGGCGCAGUACCUCCACGUGGGCAGCUGUCAGCCGCUGGCGUCCGAGACGGAGGAGGAUGGGGAGGUGAGGAAGAGGAGCAGCUCUUCGUCGCUCAGUAAGAGUGAGUACCUGGUGAUAGAGGAACACAGAGGAAUGAACAGCAGCACCUUCAAACAGCAGCAGAACUUCCCCACGGCAACCACCGCUACCACGACGACAACCGUGACACAAAACAACACGGUGAACAGCGUCAGCAUCAACAAGAAGAUAUUCACUGACGUGUAGAGUCUUUGGGCGCCAUAACGGACUCACGGAUUAAAGUAUGUAGUGAUUUAACAGAUGUGGUUGAAUGAGGAGAGACUCAUCACCACCAUGAACCUCUAGCUGACCAUAUCUAAUGGGGAUAUUUACACUACAUGACCAAAAGUAUGUGGACACCUGCUUGUUCAACAUCUCAUCUCAAAAUCAUGGGGAUUAAAUAUGGAGUUGGUCCC